AUGCAGAUCUCCGCUCUCCUCCUUACUGUCGCCGCUGCCGCCGUCGCCAACGCCCAGACCAACCCUGACGGGACCUUCCCUGAUACAAACGCCUAUGGAGGCCCUGUCACCACCGACUUGACCAAGUGCGGUGAGAUCCUACCCACCACCAACUAUGUCGCCCCCGAAGCCUUCUCUGCCGAGACAUGUCUUCAGAAGUACGACUGCUAUGAUGUGAACUACGGAUACAAGUCAGUGAGAGAUGGUAACUGGAACAAAGAGAUUCCUGCCUCUGUUUCUCAGGCCGUCUCUGAUUGCGACCACUGCCUUACCAAAGCUUACCAGGAAUGCCCCAAUACCCAUGGUUUCUCGACUGAGGAAAUGGACACCGCGGAUAGGGAGUGUGUCGAGGAGAGCUACAAGGGGUGCAAGCCGUCAGACCCUCUCACCUAUGAGGCGUACAAGUGGGAGCUAGUUGCUGCCCCCGUCGAAGAUGAGGCGGGCCAUAGGACUGGUGUGUCGACCGAGGAGGGAAGCACUGCUUAA